AAUUCGCUAGUGCCAAGAGGCAGCGAAACUGUCCAAGUAAGAGAAAAAGUUAUCGCUCCCGUCCCGCGACAUAUAUGACUAGCUUCUUGCAGUUGCUUCCGAGACCCAGUUCAGCCCGUACGAUGGCACUCCUCCUCGUCGCCGUACUCUUCGCCCUGCUGGUGCGGAUAUCAGAUUCAACCUGUCCCGACAAGGAGCGACUUCGACCCUGUCACUGCUACACCUUCGGAUCGUACGAGAGAAUCGAAUGCCGGGAGGUGCAAAAUGUGGAUUCCCUUCGUGCAUCCGUGGCAACGCUUCGCGGGACACACGUCUUCGAGUUCGAGCUGGCGCUUUGUGACCUAGCCCAAGUGCCGUCAGACAUUUUCAAAGACUUCCGCGUCAGUGAACUGUACACGUACAUGGUGAACUACUCAAGUGCAGCUGGCACAUUCAAUCUGUACGAAAGUUUGGACGAAACGCUGUACAUGAUGGAGAUUAAGCGCGGGCUCAGUAUGGACCACUUUAACUGGACGAGCAUGCAGCGAUUGAGCAGCCUGCAGCGACUGUACAUCUUCUCGUCGAAUUUGAUGAGGAUCGGACCUGAAUUCUCAACGAUGCCGCAGAGCCUCACGCAUGUUAUGGUUCAGGGAGGUGACCUUGAGGUCAUCGAAGACGGCGCGUUUGCCGGGCUGCAGCUAAGGGACUUGGAGGUGUCUUACACGAAACUUACGACGUUGUCACGACAGAUAUUUCCGCCAGCGGCGGAUAAGCUGGAAGUGCUAUCUUUCAGAAACAACAAGCUGCGCCACCUUCCAGACGACAUGUUCGUCGAUAUGCCUUCUUUAAACCUCCUGGACCUCAGUGCCAACGAGCUAGUAACAUUGUCCGAGAAGGUCCUCAAGCCGGUCCUGCAGAACAUGCAUUUGGUUGACAUCAGCAGACAUGGAUUGUGUUUCAGGAAACCGCUUCCACUGCGACUGCAAGAUAAUCUGGAUGACGAGCACCUUCCGGGACACGGCUGUGGGCGUCCAAUUUUGGCGCCACGACGACAUCACCUGCUCGGCGCCCAUGGAGCUCGUGGGCACUGACGUGAUUUCAUUGACAGCCGAGAAGCUCCGGUGCGAGAACAAGAACUGAGAGACGUCAAGCCACCGACCCUGUCCUUGUGCAAAUACCUCGAUUUUGCUGUUUGAGCACAGUUUAAAGAAUAUUGGCGAAGGUAUCGACAGUGACGUGUUGUGCAGUGAGAGGACGCAUUUCUUUGAGCAUUUGGACGCUCAAAAUUGUGCAUACUGAAUGCACGUCCCGGUGGUGUGAACCCGCAUUUGGACUGCAGCGGUCAGGGAAUGGUUCCUGGUGUACCCUGCACUCUUAAAGCAGUACUUCACCGCAUAACAUACUAAUAGCGAACCAUCAUCCCGAACGCCAUCGUUCGCUCCCCUGCACUCUUAAAUGUGAACUUCUCCACAUAGCACGCUCCUAGCCAACCAUCAUCCCGAAUGACACCGUUCUCUCCCCUGAUUUGUUGAAAGCAGGAGACGUAUACGUACGCCUUUUUGUGAGACUUAUGCUGAAAUAUUAAUUGUCACAAAAAGGCGUAUGCCUCGAGCUUUCCACGAAUCAAGAGUACAAGAGGUAUCACUCUGUUCAAUGGUUGGCCGUCAGCGUGCUAUGCGGUGAAGCUUUGUUUUAAGAGUGUGGUUUGUUGGAAAGAGGAGGAGCUCUGUGUGACACUAAUACCCUACACUCUUAAAAUGAGCUUCGCCACAUAGCACGUUUUUGGCCAACCAUGAUCCCGAAAGACAACCUUCUCGCCCUGAUUUGUUGAAAAUGGGAGGCGGAGCCUAUUUUAGGUCAUUAUGUGCGUGCGUAAUGGUACAAAAUAGGCUCCGCCUCCCGCUUUCAAGGACGAGGACGUUGUCAUUCGGGAUGAUGGUUGGCUAGGAGCGUGCUAUGUGGUGAUACUCAUUUUUAAGAGUGUAGCCACACGGCAACCUAAUGCAUCAAAUGCAAUGGAAAUCUCGAAUGACAUCGUUGUCUCCCCUGAUUUGUUGAAAACGGGAGGCGUACGCCCUCUGUGUGUGUGUGUGUGACAAUCAUGCCGAACAUAAUUGUAAUAAGGCGUACGCCACCUGUUUUCAGGAAAUCAGUGGAGAGAACAAUGUCAUUCGAGAUGAUGGUUGGUUAGGAGGCGAAGUAAAUGUCAUUCCGUUUAACGCAUUAGGCUUGCCGUGUGGCCAGGGUAUUAUGCAGUUAUGCUGAUUGUCACAUAAAGGUGUACGCCCAGCACUUUCUUCGGCCUGAUACGUGGUGAAGUUCUGUUUUACGAUUGUGUUCGCGAGCGUCAAUAAAAGGAAGAACAACUACAUGCGUGUAGUUUUUGGAAAGAAUGUGAUAUCAUCUUGUAACUGCCCUUGCGCAUGUACCGGAGUGUCGACUGGACCUAACAUUGGAUCGACUGUUCAAGAGCACAUUUGAGUUCCUUGUAAAAAUGUGAUUGUGAUGACGGGUAUCUGUGGCGGCACCGAACUUUGCCGACCGAUAUCAGCCACUUUUUUUUUUUCCCUUUGAGGAUGAUUGGGACUAUAAGACUGUUCGAUAUUUAAGGUCGUCUAGCACGGUACGCCUCCUGAACUUUCCUGACUUCUAUAGCUCGUCGACUUGUUAACCAAUCGUUGAAAUUAAAGGUAGUGAGUGCGUGCCUUUCA